UAUCACUCGGCUGCGACGUCCUACCCAUUUUAGAGCUUCUGAGUAAUCCAGCUGAGAAACCAUGAAGGGUCUUAUUCUUUGUGCUCUCUUGGCCGUCACAUCCGCUGACAGAAGGCCAUCACCACCAAGCAAUGGUUAUGGAGCUCCAUCAAGCGCUCCAAGCAAUGGGUAUGGAGCUCCACCAAGCAAUUCUUAUGGACCUCCAAAGAACGGCUAUGGAGUAGACCCACUUGCUGCCUUGGCAGAAAACAUUCCUGGAGGCGGUAUUCCUGGUGAAGAUUAUCCCGUCUUAGCCUCUGUUCCUGACACUGGAUUCGACUGCAAUGCCCAGAACGUCCCUGGGUAUUACGCUGACACUGACCCCGAAGCUGGCUGCCAGGUCUUCCACAUUUGCCAGGAUAGGCCCAAUGGACGCCGUCAGCAGGACUCCUUCCUCUGCCCCAACGGCACCAUCUUCAACCAACAGUACCUCGUCUGUGACUGGUGGUUCAACUUCGACUGCGCUGACGCCGAAUCCUUCUACUCAGUCAACGAGCUCAUUGGAGUUCAGCCUUAUGGUUAUGGAAAAAGCAAUGGUAAUGGUAAUCGUAAUAAUGGUUAUGGCUCUAAUGGAAAUAAAAAUGGUAACAAUGGCAAUGGUAAUGGUAACAACGGCUAUGGCUCCAAUAGAAAUGGUAAUGGCAACAACGGCUAUGGCUCCAAUGGAAAUGGAAAUGGCAACAACGGCUAUGGCUCCAAUGGAAAUGGUAAUGGCAACAACGGCUAUGGCUCCAAUGGAAAUGGAAAUGGCAGCAACGGUAAUAGCAACAACGGCUAUGGCUCCAACGGAAAUGGUAAUGGCAAAAAUGGCAACGGGAAGAGAAACAAUGGCUAUGGUUCCAAUGGAGGUCGAAACGGUAAGAAAAAUGGCAACGGCAAAAGAAACGGUAAUGGAAAUGGUAACGGCUAUGGAGCAAAUGGCAAUGGAGCUGCUGUUUCCUCCAACGAUAUUUAUGGCCCACCUGCUGCUCCCAGCAAUGGCUAUGGAGCACCCCAAGCUCCAUCUUCCGCCUAUGGAGCCCCUUUCUAAACUUACCUAUAAAAAAAGCUAAACGUAUUUGGCAUCUGAUGCUCACUUCUGUCUUUAAUUAAGUUUAAUGUGGAUCUCUAACUGAAUAUUGUUAUACUGACAUUAUAUAUAUUUAUGUACAAU